CGUCACCCACUGAAGAACCACUAACCCUCGGUUUGAAACACAACCUUCCUGCGACUACAUGGACGUUGUUGCUGAUGGCGAAGUGAAGCGGAACAUGACGACAUUUGCUGGCUUUCCGAGUUUAAUAGGCACUUUUCAGGAUAAUUAAGACCACGGACAAGUUUUUUUGAGGUAAAAUAAAUGAAGAUGGACUGGUUUGUAAACAUGAAGUUACCCCCUGAGGAGAGCCGAUGUGAGCAACACGAGGUCAGUGCAGAGAGCAUGGCAUCUCUAUGUGAGAGGCAGCAGCGGUGUGUGAAGGCCUCCAUCGUGUCCAGUUGGCAGUUGGUGGAGGCUCAGGACCAGCUCUGUGGUCUGGAGCUUCACGGUUCCGAGUCAGUAGAACAGGCCAGGGCUCAGGCGCUCGCUUCGUCUGCACAACUCUCUCAGACUGAGAAGGAGUGGAGGAUGAAGGAGAGCAUGCUGGACUCCCGCUGGAGUCCUGUCCUCGGACAGGAGCCUGGACACAGCGGCUUCAACAAAAGCAUCAUAAACCAUCCCAUGCCAAGGGGGAUGGACACGGAUUAUGACAAGAGCUUAACGUUUGUCCAGCGCCAUGAGGAAGAACUGAAGCAUUUUGGAAUGUUGAGGAGAUGGGAUGACAGUCAGCAUUUUCUGGCCCAGAUGCCCCACCUGAUCUGUGAGGAAGCAGCAAACUACCUGAUCUUAUGGUGCUUUCAGCUCUACGCUGAAGAGAAAGAAGCUCUGAUGGAGCAGGUUGCUCACCAGGCCGUAGCCAUGCAGUUUAUCUUGGAGAUGGGGCGCAGUGUGCAGCAGGACCCUCGUGCCUGCUUCCGCCAGUUCUUCCAGAAAGCCAAAGUGGGACAGGAGGGGUAUUUAGACGUCUUCCACACUGAACUCGAGGCCUUUAAACAGAGAGUGAAGGAAUAUGCAGUGAAGCACAAAGUGGACACGGCGGAGCAGCCGUGUACACACACCAGUGUCAGACUCGCCUCUAAAGACGUGCUCCAGUCUCUGCCUCCUGUAGCAGAGCAUCAUAUAACGCGGUGUUUGGAGGCGGGGCUCUGUUCACAUCCUGGGCGGGGCUUUAAGGAUGAGGAAACGGAAACAGAGGAUCAAAGGAUGAUGGAGAUGUCCUAACACACACACACACACACACGUGCGCGCAUGCCGUCUCUCACUUGUGUUCAGGACAAUGAUGUUGAAAGUGUGUGUGAGCAUCAGAUGAGGAUCAGAUGAGUGAACACACCCUUCAUCUGGAGGAGGAGGAAGAGGAGGAAGAGGAAGCGAACAGCUUUCAUCCAAGCUUUCUGUUUGUUUUUUUGGACCCACGUGUGAAUGUGUGCUGCACUUUAUAUAUGAUUGAGAAGAUAGAAUAUAAAAAUAGGACGAGGUAUUUUUGCGCAUGUUUUAUGUUUUUAUUUAGGAUUUUAUUUUGUUUUUUUUCCCCCCCAUCAGAUUCUUUUUGGACAUGGAAUCAUUAGUGAAACUUUUCUUUUACCUUCUCAAACGUUUUCCCUUCUUUCAUGAGCUAAAAAAAAACAAAGUAAUUAAUGCCCCUCAUUUGCGCUUGUACAGAGGACCCGAACGAACGUGUUUACUCACGAUGGCGACACAAUUCUACAACGAUCACCUAUUUAUUUUUCUUUUUACAUUUUUUAGCAUAAAAUGUGAUACUGUGGAAAUUAACAUCUGUGUUUUUAUUAAUAUUCAUACACAGGUGCUGGUCAUAACAUUACAAUGUCAUCAAAAAGUCGAUUUAUUUCACUAAAUUCCAUUCAAAAAGUGAAACUUCUGUAUUAUAUUCGUUCGUUACACACAGACUGAUAUUUUGAAUAUUUAUUUCUUUUCAUUUUGAUAAUUAGAACUGACAAUGAAGAAAAAUCCCACAUUCAGUAUCUCAGAAAAUUAGAAUAUGACUGAAGACCAAUACAAAGAAAGGAUUUUUAGAUUAGAUUCAACUUUGUCAUUGUGCAAUGUACAUGUACAGAGCCAAUGAAAUGCAGUGGUUGUUAAGGCAUUCGACUACUGAUCGGUAGGUCAUUGGUUCGAAUCCUAGGUCCACCAAGUUGCCACUGCUGGGCCCCUGAGCAAGGCCCUUAACCCUAAAUUGCUCAGGUGUAUAAAAGGGGAAAAAAAUGUGUCACUCUGGAUAAGAGUGUCUGCUAAAUGCUGUAAAUGUAAAUCUAACCAGAAGUGCAUAGAUGGCUUAUUUACAAGUGGCAGUGUAAUAAAUAAGGGUAUGAGGUUAUACAGAAGGUGUAGUGAUAUGUACAUGUAACUGAAUAAUCUGGGCCAACUAAAAGUAUGAGCAUGUAAAGUAUGAGCAUGUUCAGCACCCAGUACUUACUUAGGGCUCCUUUUGACUGAAUUACUGCAGCAAUGCGACGUGGCAUGGAGUCGAUCAGUCUGUGCCACUGCUCAGGUGUUAUGAGAGCCCGGGUUGCUCUGCUCGUGGCCUUCGGCUCUUCUGCGUUGUUGGGUCUGGAAUAUCGCAUCUUCCUCUUCACAAUACACCAUAGAUGUUCUAUGUCGUUAAGGUCAGUUGAGUUUGCUGGCCAAUUAAGUACAGGGAUCCCAUGGUAUUUAAACCAGGUACUGGUAGCUUUGGCACCGAGUCCUGUUGGAAAAUGAAAUCUGCAUCUCCAUAAAGUCGGUCAGCAGUAAGGUCUUAAGUCAUAUUCUAAUUUCCUGAGAUACUAUAUGAAUUUGGGAUUUUCCUUCAUAAUCAUCAAAAUGAAAAGAAAUAAACAUUCAAAAUAUAUCAGUCUGUGUGAAAUGAAUGAAUAUAAUACAGAAGUUUCACUUUUUGAAUGGAAUUUAGUGAAAUAAAUAAAAAAAAAAAUUUGUUGAAGAUAUUGUAAUGAUAUGACCAGCACCUGUGUAUAUUAUUCACCAUGCAGUGCAUUUUAUGUUAAAAAAUGACCUUCUUGUUAAUUCUUACGCUCAAAUGAUUUCAUUUUUAUUUUCUUAAACAUUAAAUGCACUACGGGGCUUUUUGUUUGUUUGUUUGUUUGUUUCCUUUUUUUUUGCUUUGUAGCGCAAAUGUUUAUGCUGCUAAUAUUCCGAGCCACAUCUUGUCUGGUCCGGUGUAGAUCAGAUAUCGCGUUGGAAUAAAUAAAAAAAAACCAGACCCGGGAGCUAAUCAUAGUCUAAACGCAGUCUCCCGUCCUGCGGUGUUAGCUUUCAGUGUUGAAUAAGGCAAAAUAACCCCAUGGUCUGUAGGAUCGAGUCUCUACACAGCCUUACAGCAUGAACACUAGUGUGCACUUCACAGUGUGUAGAUCUAUGCAACGUGUCUCGUACGCUUUUAUCUGCUGUCUCAGUGUUAAACACCAGCCGUGUUCAGGAAUAAAACGUGUCAAGUCCA